AUGGCCAAAGUAGUAGCCAACGGGAUGAUUAGAAUCCUGCCAAAAAUAAUCAGCCCUACCCAAACAGGCUUUGUUAAAGGCAGGUAUAUCCUUGAGAACUUGGUGACCUACUGGGAAUCACUUGAAUGGGCAAAGGUCUUCGGUCAAAAUGAGGCUAUGCUCUUAAUAUACUUUGAGAAGGCAUACGGUAGGAUAGAAUGGGGAUUCAUAAAUCAGAUGCUAGCUAGUUUGGGCUUCCCAGAGUCCUUCUGCAAGAUUGUUCAGACACUACUUAGUGAUGCCUAUGCAGUUGUUGAUGCAAAUGGAUUAAAAUCUGGCAACAUCACUCUCUCCAAAUCAAUUAGGUAG